AUACAGACACGCACACUUCUUCCAAGCACUGUUGAUUUCUCAUACUUCUCGAAGCACUUCACCGUUGAUUGCCACCAACCAGCCGCUCAAUGUCUUUUUCACGCCAACUACGCAUCCCUUCAGACGCCUACCGAGACGCCUUACCUCUGCAGUGACUACUGCAACCAUCCCACCUCGUUAUCUAGGCCCCGCAACCGCCAACGGUGAAGUGGGCGCCAGCUCAUCACUGAAGUUACGGCCAUAUAUAGGCCCCUCCACGAGCAUAUCCUUCUCCUUAUUCUACCGGAAUACCACCCAACGCCUUCAAAAUGCAUGACUUGCGACGCCAGGCCCUCGAGAGCGGCAAGACCGUGUCCCGCAAAGCCCGCUCGCGGAUGGCUUCGGGCGCCUCUUCCAGAGCAGGUUCGGCGGUGAACAGCCCUGGAGCUUCGCGCGCGGCCUCGCGCAAUGCCAGUCGCGCAAAUUCGGACGACGAGGAGUACUUGAGUGACGAGACGAACUGGAGUACGAAUUCCAUCAAUGGCGUUCUGAAUGGGAAUGGUGACGACGCCGAGGUUCCUGCUGACGCCUGGAAGACGGAACUGAAUACGCGUAUCGAACAGAUUGUCAACCUGAAGCGGUCUACCACCGAGGGCCGCGCCGAGAGCCUCAAUGCCUUCGCACACAUCCUCAUGCUCCGAUAUGCCAGAGAUCAGAUCGAGAACCGGAUGAGCGAGCUGCUGCCAUCCAUACUGAGGAGUAUCAGGCAGGAGACAACGCUACAUGAGACCAUCUGCGCACUCAAAGCCCUUUGUGUUGUUAUCGUCACUUUGGAUUCCGACGACAUCUAUGACAAGGUCGCCGAUGUGCUCCGACGUACGAUAUCAGACUCCGAGUUGUCUGCGAUCAAGGUCGGCGCAAUUCACGCUCUCAGCACGGCUGCCUUCUUCGGCGGGACUUCCGAGGAGGAGAUGGAAGAUAUCAUGAGCUUCUUCCUCGAGAUUGUGGAAUCGGACGGCCUUGCCGUCGGGGCUCACGACGAAGCAAGCGUGGUGACGGCCGCUUUGCAGGGCUGGGGUCUGCUUGCCACCGAGAUCGAGGAUAUGGAAGAGGCUACGGAAAAUGCCAUUGAGGCCUUCGUCGAUCAGCUCGAGAGCGCCGAUGCAGGCGUGCAGAUUGCCGCUGGGGAGAACAUUGCGCUGCUGUAUGAGAAGUCGUACACGCCGCUCGAGGCGGAUGAGGAUGUCGACGAGGCGGAUCUGGACUCGGAAGACGAAGACCAGCCUAACCACGGUGACAGGAUGGUGAGGCGGUACACAGUCUGGAGAAGACAGGACCAGCUGCUGCAUACGCUGGACGAGCUGGCGACGAUUCACGGACGGGGAAUCUCCAAGAAGGAUAAGAAGAGCUUGCAUUCGUCUUUCUCGGAUAUUCGCAACUCGGUUGAGAAGCCCACGCGUGGACCUAGGUACAGUACUGCUUUGGACCAGGAGACUGGCCGGGCAUACGGAGGAGGGAGGAUCAAGUUCAAGGUCAAUCGGAAUGUCGAGGUGCGCAUCGACAAAUGGUGGAAGUUGCAGCGGUUGGAUGCUUUGCGGAGGGUGCUGCAGGGCGGGGUCCCACAGCACCACAGCGAGAAUGAUGUCGUGUCGAGGUGUUUGCCAUUCUCGGUGGCGGGGAAGCAUUAGACGGGCGGAUGGUCGCCUAUUGAUUGAGCAGGUUGCGUUUUGGAUGACGGAGAGGGUUGGUUAUUGCAUGCAUGGAAAUGACCGAGGCUCAAAAGGUUGGUGGUCGAUGCUCCUUUCCUGUUGGUUUGAGUCUCUUUUCUCCUUAUUCAUUGGUUGACGCAUUCAAUCUUUGAAUAGCCGCGUAUACACAUGGCAAUGGUGGGCAUCUAUGCUGUUGGUUGCAUUAUUGCAAGAGCAGUUUCCGAAGACGCAUUGCUUACACAGUAGACAGAUGGAGAGUGAGUUGGGUAUGCAGUCGGGUAUGCACUAGAAGUAGACAGAUUCGGAUCCGUGAAAUUGGAAUUCAGUCUCAAUCUUGCU